AUGCCUUCUCCAACCGAGCACUCGAAGCGCAAAUGCACAAGUCUCUCCCAAGUCUUCGAAGGUCUUCAGAUCGAACCCACUUCUCCCUCUCCACAAAUAAACAUACCAUCUACCAGCUUGUACCUUGCCAAGACCUUACGCCAAUACAUGCGGUCAACUCUUCACACUGGCAGCGGAACUGUCUCUCCUCGCAGUCUGCAUGGUGUUCAAGCUCAAUUCAAAGUUGCGAUGGAUGAUUCCUACGACUACAAUAUUGGCGCAAACGACUUUGACCCUGACACCAUCUUUCCCGAGAUCAUCACACUCGGAAAUCAACUCUCUACGGUCCUUCAAAACCAGCUCACAUCCGACCAAGAGACUGCCCUCGAAGAUCACAUCCUACAUUGCCUUGCUGAUAUGGUCUAUGGUUCUAACAUGAUCGAGCGCGUUGGAAAUGGUUACGACAUCACACUCAAGCUCUGCAUGGCAAUCUUCCGCGGCGAGGAAAUACCAGAAGACAUUGGAGAAACCGAAGAAGAAUUCUUAGAGUUGAAAGGGAAUCUUCUACGCAAAAACCUCCCAGCAAACACCCUAGCGAUUUUAAAGAGUCGCCGCGAAAUUGUGCAACAUGCCAAGGCUGCCUCCUACAUCAUUAGUCAACUUUGCGUCCAUGACCAAGAUCUCAGCGAAGAGAUCAUUCUUCAAACCCAUCAAAUCCUCACCUACAAAGUUGACGCCGGAAACACACCCUGGAAAGAAUACAGUGGUGUCUAUCGUACGGAUGAAGUCUGCGCUGGCCUGCACCAAUUCCCUCAUCACAUCAUGGUGCCCAACAAAAUGAAGGCCAUGAUCCGCGAACUCGAUUCAGACCUCAAUAAAGCCAUCAGCAAAGGCACAAUUGACCCUAUCGCCAUUGCAUCCAAGUAUACACAUAUCUUUGUCAAUAUUCAUCCUUUCAUCGACGGCAACGGACGUAUGUGUCGUUUGAUCCUGAACUCCAUACUCCUCAAGCUAGGCAAUUUUCUUGUGUGUAUCGGUGACGAGGAAGAGGACCGCUCUCUUUAUCUUGAUAUCGCUUGUAAUGCAGGUGCACUCGAAGAUACGUGGGGAGAUCUCGACGAAGAGGAGAGACCAGUUAUGCAUAAGGAGCUGGCAAGUUUUGUCAUGUCGCAUGUUGAGAAGAGUAUGCGCAAGCUGGUUACUACUAUGCUUCGGUAG